UCCAUACUUUGUAGGAAAAAACAACAACACUUAGACCAACGAUCAACAUUCAACAUUUAAGUCACGUGGCCACUAGUACGUAUAAGCAUAUAUAUAUUGUACUAUCUGCACAAGAUGUUGGAGAUUAACGCUUCAUAGAGACUGAUUAUUUCACAAUGAAAACUUGGAUAACUUUAGGAUGAAUGAAAAAGAGAGUGAACAAUAAAUUCAAAUAUGUUUAUAUUCUGAAGAGAGGAAAACCAAAUAGAAAGAGAUCCAUUUUCGGUAAAUCAAAACCAGAAGAUUUAAAAGACUUAUUGGAUAGAAAAAUAAAGAAUCCUUUGACACAGAUGAUACAUUUUCUUCACGGAAUACUCUAUGUUGUCAACAGUGCUGCUGAAUAUUGCAGAAACUUCAUGCUAAAAGAAAUGUUAGAGUACUGCUGGGAUCAUGUCGAAGAUGUCAGCGUUCAUAAGAUGAGACCCAAGUUUGUAUUGCAAAUGUACAGACUUUUAGCUUUACAGAAUUUAGUCAAAAACAUCCACGAUAAGGAGUGCUCAGAAGAAGAUCUCAAGAAAAAAUGUUUCAUUCCUUCCGUUGAUGUAGAACUCUUGGAUGAAAGUGGCACCACAUCUCCUUGUCCGUGUUCAAAUCCCAUUUAUCUUCACUACUACCACAAGAUGGAAAAAUGUCUUACCAAAGACAAUGUUGUUACCAGCUCCAAAUAUUUAAAAAGCACUCCAAGUUUAAGGAGCAAAAGAACCUUUUUUCUUACUGUACAGAAAUGUGUUGACGCUUUGUCUGAUAUCAAUUUGAAGGAAUACACUAAUUGA